AUGAAUUGGACAGGAGGCCGUCUUCAACGGCACUCGAAUACUAAACCAGGGACUCUUGCCAGAGUCCAGAAGCAGAAUUUCGCAAAGUCGAGGUCAAGGGCUUCAAAGGGUCCUGCUCAUGCUUCACCGUUUAAGGAUUUUGCUCAAUUCAAGGACUUGAAUAACGCGUCCGCCAGGAGACCGCAGGAUAGCCGCGCUUUAGAAGGCGAUACAUAUAAUGAGCCAUCGUCUAGGACUAGGGAUGUUCCAAACAACCAGCCCUCAACUGAUAAGCCUCCUCCCUCAUCCAGCAUUGGCCCAUCUCAGCACUCAACCCGUCUAGAUUGUAUAAAACAGCAGCUUCUGGAAACGUCGGACUGGGCUGGUCUUGCAGCUACCCGUCCGUUGAAAAUGGCCUUUACCUCAGCAACAGAACUCGAAGGAUUCGGCAAGCGGCGCAAAUUAACAGAAGCGGACCGCAGAAGACUGGCAUCUUCUUCUAGUCGCAGCGUUCUUCCUCCCGAGAUUGGCCUGUUUCGUGGGAAACAUCGAGAUUAUGCCUCUUCGGGGAUAGAAACAGUCGAGGAUAUUGAUAUAAGGAUAAAUGGUCUGCGGCCUGGGGCAAGAUCUGUGAAUGGGAGUCAGAGUCUCUCUCGAGAUAAUGGAUCAUCGCAGCCGAUGCUUUUUGACUCUGAGGAAUCUAUUCGCUUAAACGAGAGUUCUGCGAAGGAAUCGUGCGGUGGUAACUACAAGUCAGGGACAAAGCUAGCUUCCAGUCAGCUGCUCCUUACUUCUGAUAGAGGAUCAUCUCCACUGGAUUGCCCAAAACCAAUCUCCCAGGCUUCACCGUCCAGAAUUGAAUCCUUGAUCUCUCGAUAUAUCUCUCAGGGUCAUAAUGCAGAUGGGGAUCAAUAUUCCAAGGAACACAUCGAGGUACCAUCAAGUCUCAGCAGAAGCAGCUCCAUAUACUAUCCACCGGAAGCAGUCAGAAAACGCUUCACGAUUGACGAUCAAGCUCUAGAAGAAUUACAGAAACAGAAUAACCCCACUUUCAAUACUUUCGAAACACAAACAACGAACUACAACCAACCCUCGCAACAACAGCCUGAAAACCUCUUCAGCAGUCAGAUGGGACAACAAUUUCCAUUCGACCAAAAUACUACCAGUCAAGAAAUUGGCCAAGUCGCAGACACACAAUCGUGCUCAAGUAACCAGUGUUCUGGCUGGCUUCCAGAGCCAAGAUACAACAUACAGCGGCUCAUGAGUUCGCAUGAUAUAAAUUUGGGCACCCAGCCUGCGCCCAAUCCCCACAAUGGCACCCCUUUUCAUGCUGGUCCGUGGACUAGUACCAUGAAAAGACAGCAUGCUUCUCCCAUCACAGUAUUCGGACAGUCGGUUACCCUCGACGAUAAUGGAGCCAUUGACGAGACUCAAGGUUUGAUGGGGACUACAUGUAACCCCGACAUGAGCAGAUCAACACCUAGUCCUCAGUUCACUCAAUUAUUCAACCAGAACUAUCUACAACCGCAAAACUAUACACAAACCAACCCAAAUCAAUCCAGUAGUGACGGAACGAGAACAAACGUCAAUACUAUCUAUUCCGAAAUCUUCGCCACAAACCCGAAUAUAACCAGAUAUUGCGAACAAAUCCAAACACCAUCAAUCCUACCCCAAUUCCUCCAACAAUAUAGCAAGGAUAAUAUAGAUAAUUCCAAUAGCGAUAUGCACCCACCGGCUAUAUAUGGCCAGAGAUUACCGUCUGUUUCCAGUUCUGUUUUUCAAGCGUUAAUGGGCGGGAACCAAAGAUCUACGGCCAGCUCAUCUCCCGAUCCGCUUUUGAUAAACCCCAGGGGCCAUUCUGAUAUUGCGAGUUAUGAUUGA